CUCGUUUCCGCUCCCUUUAGAAAAAAAUUCUGACGUCAUAUUAGUCGUUGCUGCGGUGGGUUGGUAAGGGUUAAACAGUGUGCGUGCCUGUGGAGGAGGAGGUGCUCUUAUUGAAGGUGUAGUUUACUAGCGUAGGGAUAUGAAUUGAGUCAGAUCAGUCAGUACGGGGCUCCACGUUGAACUGUUGGCGUUACCAAACUUUCAAGAAAACUCGACAUGAUUUAAUAACCUAGGAAAAGCUGGAGUGGAAAUAGUUCAUGUAAAAGAAUAAGCAAGGCGAGCUAAAGCAAUCAUGGAUGAACAUUUGAUAGAAGACCUGGCCAGUCUGUCAGAACUGGAUGAAAAGAGUUUGCUUGAAUCACUCACUUCUCGUUUCAGACAUAACCACAUCUAUACAUACAUUGGAGACAUAUUGGUUGCAGUAAACCCGUUUAAGCACCUUCCACUGUACGGCAAAGCGGUGUCUGAGCGGUACAAAUGUCAUGAGAAAAGCACUUUACCUCCACAUAUAUUCGCUGUAGCAGACAGAGCAUACCAGUCCAUGUUGGGCCGUCUGGCUACAGGGCCGAAAAACCAGUGUAUCGUAAUUAGUGGUGAAAGUGGUGCUGGAAAGACAGAGAGCACAAAGCUUUUGCUGAGACAGCUUAUGGAGCUUUGUCGAGCCAACUCGCAACUGGAGCAGCAAAUCCUUCAGGUGAAUCCUCUUCUGGAGGCCUUUGGUAAUGCCCAGACAGUCAUGAAUGACAACAGUAGUCGAUUUGGGAAAUACAUACAACUGCGCUUUCAGAACUCCUCAGUAAAAGGUGCCAAAAUCAAUGAAUACCUUUUGGAAAAAUCCCGCGUGGUCCAUCAAGAUGAAGGUGAAAGGAACUUCCACAUCUUCUAUUGCAUGCUGGCUGGCAUUUCUCCCCAGGACAAGGAGAUGUACGGCCUCCUUGACCCGACUCAGUACCGGUAUCUGAAUGGGCGAUUUGUUCCUGAUGAUAUAGUGCAACACUGUAGUGAAAAGUACAGUGAAUUGUGCAAUGCUAUGGACAUGGUGGGGUUUGAGGAGCAGGAAAAAGUUGACAUGAUGACUAUCUUGGCUGGGGUCCUCUCUCUGGGGAAUAUCACAUUUGAGAUGUCGGACAGCGAUGCCCUGAAAGUAACAGAGAAGUCUCAGGGCUGGCUUAAAGCCACAGCAGGUCAGUUUGGGGUUGAUCAGGAGGAGCUGCUGAGGUGUCUCAUAUGCACCAUGUCAGUAACACGAGGAGAAUCCAUCCGCCGCUUCCACAACCAGCAGCAAGCUGAAGACGCCAGGGAUUCAAUCGCCAAAGUGGUCUAUGGCAGGGUUUUCGGCUGGAUCGUUAGCAAAAUCAACGAGCUGCUGACACACAAACUGGAUUCAGAGGUUGAACUAAGUGAAAUAGGUAUUCUUGACAUCUUUGGGUUUGAGAACUUUGCUGUGAACCGAUUUGAGCAGCUCUGCAUCAAUCUUGCAAACGAGCAAUUACAGUAUUUCUUUAACCAUCACAUUUUUCUAAUGGAGCAGAAUGAGUACAAAGAGGAGGGAAUCCAAUGGGAGACCAUCACUUUCAAGGAUAACAAACCAAUUCUUGACCUGUUCCUAACGAAGCCUAUUGGGAUUUUGUCUCUGCUGGAUGAGCAGAGUGCCUUCCCUCAGGCCACAGAUGGAAACUUUGUGGACAAGCUGAACAGCAAAUUUAAAGGCAAUGCACACUUUGAAGUGGUACGGAGCCACAGCCCUCUCUUCACAAUUGUACACUACGCUGGCAAGGUGCAGUAUAAUGCCAGUGGCUUCCUGGAAAAGAACAGGGAUAAUAUUCCAGCUAAUAUCCGCACUCUCUUUAUCAACAGUGUUACACCUCUACUCAGCGUCCUUUUCGCCGCCACAAUUUCCAGAACUGGGACGUUGAUGCCACGGAGAGCAAAGGUGGUAAACUUUGUUGAUGACAACUUUAACUCAACAAGAAAGCAGUCCGUAGGCACACAGUUCAAACAUUCUCUGACUGUCCUAAUGGAGAAGAUGUUUGCAGCCAGCCCGCACUUUGUACGAUGCAUCAAACCCAACGGCAAUAAGUUGGCUGGUCAGGUGGACAGUAAACUAAUUAUGGAUCAGCUGAGGUACAAUGGUCUUCUGGAGACCAUCCGAAUUCGAAGAGAAGGGUUCUCAUGGCGACCAACUUUUAAAGAGUUUUCACAGAGGUACAACAUCCUGCUGCUUAAACCAGGGAUGCCUUUGGACAAAGAAAGCUGCAUGUCUAUCCUCAAUACAACAGAGCUGCGUGGCUGGAAGUGUGGAUCAUCCCGAUUAUUUUUCAAAUACUGGCACCAGGAUGAGUUGGCGUGUCUCCAGGACAGGUUGGGAAAAGCCGCUGUCGUCAUUCAGAAAAAUUACCGAGCAGUCAGCUGCAGGAGAAAGUACCUGGUCCUGCUGGCUGAGGUCAGGAGGCAAGAGCAGGCACAGCGAGAGAAGGAGGAACGAGAGGAAGCAGAGAGGAGGAGGUUGGAAGAAGAGGAGAGAAAGAAGCGAUUGGUUGUGGAGCAAGAGAACAAAAGACCAGUUUCUCCACCAGUUCCUCUGCCUAGAAAGAAAAAGCCCACCCCCAGACCCCGGGCUAUACUUGCUGCCCUUGCCCUAGCACCUGUACCCCGGCCACGCAGCAAGCAGUUUGAGGCGACACCUUUUGAUAAUGACCUGCAGGAGCACACUGAUUUGAUGAGCCUGUUGGGUAAUGUGGAAGAUGAAGAGUGGAUCCAGGAAAAACAAAAAAAGAGGACGAACACUAUUCGCUGGUUCAAAGAAACGCAGGCCCGCAAGGUGGUGCAAAAUGGAACCUUCCCUUGCUGGUUUCAUGGCAUGAUCACACGCAGGCAAGCUGAGGAUCUGCUGAUCGACAAGCCUGUUGGCUGCUUUUUGAUUAGAGUUGGACAGAGCCGAGAAGGAUACACUCUGACAUACAAGGCUGCAGACCGUCCUCGACACUACAUGAUUGAAAUGCAGAGUAAUGGAAAGUAUGUGAUUCUUGGUGAGGACCGGGUGCACUCUUCCCUGACUGAUUUGAUUCAGUAUCACACUCAAGUGGGAAUAAAGCCCUUCAUGGAGCUACUUACCGUUUCAUGUGGACAAACAUGUGACCACGAACCAGACUAUGAAGAGCUAAAGGCAAUCAUGGCAUCUGGCGUGUUUACCAGCAGCACAGAACCCAGUGGAGAUAACCACAAAGACCCAAACCAUGUGCAUUUGGACCUGCAGAGGCUUUUCCAGCCACCUGGACCAAACCAGGACCUGGAUUUCACCAAAGCACCUGUCCUGAGGCGACUUUCAGACAGGUACAGGCGUCUGGAAUCUGGUGAGCUAGAAAGCAAAGAGGAGGAGAAUGCAGAGCGCAAGCCAACCCCCCGUCUUUAUCCCUCUAUCCGCUUGGCUAUGAAGGAGCUCCAGCAGGUCCAACAGUUCCCUCCUGGCAAUGUACAAACCUCUACAACUUCCAGCACUCCCCGAGCACCACGGAAAAAGAAAGAUCCCUAACUGACAGACAAACGGAGUAGACGUUUUUGUUGAAAUGUGAACUGCAAAAGACCUGAACAAAUAAACGUCCUCAUAAUGGGAUGUCUUUUUUUUUUUACUUUGUGUUUUAGUCUAUUCAUUGUAUUUUUAAAUAGUUAUUUAAUUUGUAAAUUAUGAUCUGCUGACUAGGAGGCUUAAUAAAUAGCUGAUUUUAUAUAUA